AUGGCAGCGGCAUCGGCUUUCUCAGCUACCAAAUUUACCCAGCCUUUGCCUCUCAACACCACUACCUCCAGAUCUCAUGACAAGCACCAAUCUUUCUUUGAUCCUCUUAAGACCACCUCUUCUUCUUCUUCUUUUCUUGGAUCCACUCGCAAACUUCGCCUUAAUUCUGCUUCCAAAUUCAAUCAUUUGGCCAAUUCCAAUCGUCGAUCUGCUGUUGUUGCUGUUUCUGAUGUUGUCAAGGAAAAGAAGGUCAAAUCUACCACCAAUCUGUUGAUCACUAAAGAAGAAGGAUUGAAGGUAUAUGAGGAUAUGAUAUUGGGCAGAUCUUUUGAGGACAUGUGUGCCCAGAUGUAUUAUAGAGGCAAAAUGUUUGGUUUUGUUCAUCUUUACAACGGCCAAGAGGCUGUCUCAUCUGGGUUCAUAAAGCUUUUGAAGCAGGAAGAUUCUGUUGUCAGUACUUAUCGUGAUCACGUGCAUGCUUUGAGUAAGGGAGUCCCAGCUCGUGCUGUCAUGAGCGAGCUCUUUGGCAAGACCACUGGGUGUUGUCGGGGCCAAGGUGGAUCCAUGCACAUGUUCUCGAAAGAGCACAAUUUGCUUGGUGGGUUUGCUUUUAUUGGUGAGGGAAUUCCAGUGGCAACUGGUGCAGCGUUUUCCAGCAAAUAUAGGAGGGAGGUUUUGAAGCAGGCAGAUUGUGAUCAUGUGACAUUGGCCUUUUUUGGUGAUGGAACUUGUAACAAUGGGCAGUUCUUCGAGUGUUUGAACAUGGCAGCAUUGUGGAAAUUGCCCAUCGUGUUUGUUGUUGAGAAUAACUUGUGGGCUAUUGGGAUGUCGCACUUGAGGGCAACUUCAGAUCCAGAGAUUUGGAAGAAGGGUCCUGCAUUUGGGAUGCCAGGAGUUCAUGUUGAUGGAAUGGAUGUUUUGAAGGUGAGGGAGGUGGCCAAGGAGGCAAUUGGAAGGGCUAGGAGAGGAGAAGGGCCAACGUUGGUGGAAUGUGAAACUUACAGGUUUAGAGGACACUCAUUGGCUGAUCCUGAUGAGCUUCGUGACCCGGCUGAGAAGGCUCACUAUGCUGCUAGAGAUCCCAUCACAGCCUUGAAGAAAUACAUGAUUGAGAACAGCCUUGCCAGUGAGGCAGAGCUAAAGGCUAUUGAAAAGAAGAUAGACGAAGUGCUUGAGGAUGCUGUUGAAUUUGCAGAAGAGAGCCCUCUUCCAUCCCGCAGCCAGCUACUUGAGAAUGUCUUCGCUGAUCCAAGGGGCUUUGGAAUUGGACCUGAUGGCCAGUAUAGAUGUGAGGAUCCAAAAUUCACAGAAGGUACUGCUCAUGUCUAG